UGAAAUGAAUCGGCGACAGAGGGGAGUUACUGCCCUCGAACGCAUCAACGGCAUCCAUCCUCAAGGAAAAGAAGAAUAAAGUUCAAGAAAGCGAAACAGUAGUAGACCACUCCGCACACAAACACCUCCCAAACCCAUCCACAAGCCCCCCAACCCCGUAGAGCGCGCGGCGCGCAUCAAUGGAUCAGCACCAGGUGAAGGAGGGAGGGACAAUGGAUCAGCACAAGGAGGAGCGGCAGCAGCAGGAGGGAGAGCCGACGGAUCAGCGCAGGGAGGAGGAGGUGGCGGGCAAGCCCGACGAGCCGACGGAUCGGCGCAAGGAGGAGGAGGAGGAGCCGGAGGAGGGAGACAACCUCAACGAGCCAACGGGUCAGCGCAAGGAGGAAGACAAGGAGGACAAGUCUGGAGAGCUCACGGACCAGCGCAAGGCGGAUGCGGUGGCUGAAGAGCUCACGGACCAGCGCAAGGUGGAGGUGGAGGAGGGGGAGGGGGAGAAGGAGACGGAGAGGAGCUCCGGCGAAGAGUCCAUGUCGGCCUCGUCGCUCUCGCUCUUCGUGCACCCGUGCUCGCUCCUGCUGCGGUACCUCUUCCGCGCCUACGCGUGGUGCCUGGGCAUGGCCGACUCCUUCGGCGGCGGCACAAGGUCGAGCGCCGUCCCCGCUGCAUCUACCAACUCAUCCCGGGAAGAACCAGGCGAGGCGGCGGACAUCGGGACCAGGGAGAUCUCCAAGACCACCACUGACAGAGGGUUCUACAUGCGGGAGGUGAUCAUGCGCGUGAGGGCGGUGAGGAGGCCGCGGCCGCCCGGCAACCCGAGGGAAGGGCGCGGCGGCGGCGGAGGACACCACAACUAGCCCUACUUACGCCGAUGCGGCGGCAAUGGAGCACGUACGUACGUACGUCGUCUCAAUCUUGGCGCGGUACAGUUAGCAGGAUGUCGACCUCUACGUGCUUGUCAACUUCUGAAAGCAAUGCCCUUUAAUUAUUAGCCUUUGUUUGUUCGUAUGUAUGUAUAGCAAAGAGUCUGGAUAAUUAAGAAAUUAAGUGUUGACGUUCUUCA